UAAUUAAGUCGUAGUUGCGUACAGCAGUAGGAACUAGGAACGAUAUCGCACCUGAAAAUUAAAUCAAAGAAUUGAACCACACCAUGCAAAUAAGCCAUCAGCUUCCACAGCUUCACAGUCGGUUGGUCCUCCGUCGGAGAUGGCUCAAUCGUAUAUAUGCACUCGUAUACACGUGCACGAUCAUAGCCCUUUUAUACCAUCAAACCAAGUCCCUUGUUUUAAAUUUGCACACAACAACCAACAACACCACCACAAUCUCCCUUCUCAUGUUACUUGCAAACAUGGUGCUAGCCUUUGUAUGGUUCACUAGUCAAGGUUUCAAAAUAAACCAGAUUCAACGUAAAACUUUCCCUGAAAACCUACCGAAAGAUGUGACCAAAUAUCCGAACAUGGAUGUGUUUAUAUGCACGGCUGAUCCAUACAAAGAACCACCUAUGGUGGCGGUAAAUACGGCUUUGUCCAUCAUGGCUUACGAUUACCCAACUGACAAGUUAUCAGUUUACUUAUCGGACGAUGGAGGAUCAAAGCUGACACUAUUUGCUUUUAUGGAAGCUGCUAAGUUUGCAAAACACUGGCUGCCUUAUUGUAAGAUGAAUAAUAUAUUGGAUAGAUGCCCAGAAGCUCACUUCAGCAAUCAGUACACCAACUUUUCUAACACAAGUGAAGUCAAGUUAAUGUACGAGAAGAUGAAAGUCAAAGUUGAGGCAACCGUAGCCAGCGGAAAUGUUCAUCCUGAGGAUGAGAAGUGGUCCGACAUAUUUAAUCACUGGAAUGUAGAAUUCACACCAACAGACCAUCCCACGGUUAUGCAGGUGUUGUUAGAUGGUACCACAGACGAUGAUAUUCUUGGUGAUCCUAUGCCAAACCUUAUUUAUGUCUCGAGGGAGAAACGCAAGGUCACGCCUCACAAAUUCAAGGCCGGUGCUCUUAAUGUUUUGCUUCGUGUGUCCGAGAUCAUGACAAAUGCACCAAUAAUCCUGACUAUGGAUUGUGAUAUGUACUCAAAUGAUCCCAAAACGCCACUACAAGCAUUGUGCUACUUCAUGGACCCUUCAAAAGAUUCUGAUAACAUAGCCUAUGUUCAAUACCCUCAAUUAUUUCAUGGGAUCAACCAAGAUGAUUUAUACGGUGCCGAGUUUAAAUUCAUAUUCCAAAUCAACCAGACUGGGCUGGAUGGUUUGUCUGGUCCUUCUCAUUCUGGCACGGGUUGCUUUUUUAGAAGACGUUCCUUUUUUGGCAGUCCAUCAUCAUGUACUUCUAAACACAGCCAAUGCCAAUCAAUUCAGUCUAACGAAGUGUUGGCUCGAGCUCAUGAGGUGGCUACUAGCGACUUUGAAGUUGGGACCGAAUGGGGUAGUCAGUUGGGUUAUCGAUAUGGAUCAUUGGUGGAGGAUCUUUACACAGGAUAUCGUCUUCAAAGUCAAGGAUGGAGAUCAGUUUACUGUUUACCAAAAAGGCCGGCAUUCUUAGGAGAUGCACCCAUGAAUCUUCAUGAUUUGCUUAAUCAAACACGAAGAUGGUCCAUAGGCGUUUUAGAUAUGGCUUUUGCAAAGUACAGCCCGUUGAAACAUGGAUUUAAUGACUUGCCCUUUUUGCACAACCUAUGCUACAUCAACUACGCGUUAUGGCCCAUACCGUGCAUCCCAGUCGUUAUAUAUUCCCUUUUGCCCCAACUAGCACUUCUACACUCUGUUCCUAUUUUCCCCAAGGUUUCAGAUCCAAGGUUUUUAGUUUAUGCCUUCCCUUUCAUUGGAACAUAUUUUCAAGAAUUUAUCGAAUACAGAAUGAUGGGUGGGACAACACGGGGGUGGUUUAAUAACCAAAGAGCAUGGAUUGUUCGGAGUCUAUCAAGCCAUACAUUUGGAAUGACCGAGUAUGCUCUCACAAAGUUACAAAUAUCUUCUUCUACAUUCAAUGUAACAAGCAAAGUGGUCGACAAGGAAGCAAAUACAAGGUAUGAACAAGGAAUGAUGGAAUUUGGAGUCGAAUCACCCUUAUUUUACCCCAUAUCGAUUGCUGCAAUGCUCAAUCUAGUCGCGUUUGCUUACGGGAUCAUGCAAAGUCUCACGUAUGGAGGAUUAGAAAGCUUAUUUGUGCAACUCUUUUUGUCCGGUUUCGGUGUAAUAAACGGUUGGCCUAUUUACCAAGCCAUGUUUAUUAGGACUGACCGUGGAAAAAUGCCAUUAAAAAUAACUUUAAGGUCAAUAGCCAUUGCUUGUAUGCUGUAUAUAGCUUCCCCUUUGAUCUUUUAACCAUUAGUAGCAAUAAACUUAUUGUUCUCUACUAAAUGUAGUUUUGCAUAAUAGAAGGUACGGAGAUAUAUUUAGUAAAUAAA